UCAGUGAAUAAUAUACUGCGUGAACCUUUUACAAAAGUUUUUCGCGCAUUUUUCAUUACAUCGAUACACUUUCCUGCGGGCGCUCCUGAUCCUUGGCGUAGUGGCGUCUGGAUGUCGGGCGUCUGAAUGCCGCGCUCCCCAUACGAAAUUUCCCGUCUGGCAUUCUAGUUUGGAUGCAUCUCAUCGCAAGUCGUCCAAGAUGACUGUGGCUAGAAUAACCGAUAGACUCUGUACUGUCAAAGUUGGUUGGUUUAUUGUGAUGUUUGUUAAUUUUGUCUUCGGAGUUUCUGGUGUGUUUAUAUGUAGUUAUAAAUUAAAUACGAUAAAGGAUGAAGAUGUCAAGAUUAACUUCUUUAAAUUGUCCAUGUUUUUUGCUGUUUCGAAUCUAUUGUUAAGUGUACUUUUACUGGUUUCGAUAUUGAAGAAUAGCCAAAGAUAUGCUUUUUUGUAUGCUGUUCUAUGUUUCCUAAGCCUUUUUGCAGCUACAUUCCACAUUGAGAGCAAUACUAAUAGAAAUACAACGUUCCUAAUUCUGUUUACAGUGUUUGCUUUACUUUGUUUCGGAUGGUUUUGUGUACACGGAGCUUAUCAAAUCAUUCGAAAGGAAAAAGAGCAUGAAGAUGAAUGUAAUAAUGGAAUAGCAGUUUAGUUAACACAUUUUAAAUAUAUACUCAUAGAAUGUGAUCGUCAUGUAUUUAUAAGAUUCAUCAAUAAAACUUGUUUAUGUACAUCUCAACUUUAUUUUUUAUAUUAUUUAUUUA